GUUUCAAUAAAAUCAAUCAAAAAUGUACGUGGAACUGAUUUUCGUAGCUAAAUACGUAGUGAUGAAGGGACUCAUCCUCCAGCUUCAUGAAUCUGCUACCGUUUUUGAUCUAAAGUCCGCUAUAGAAAGUGUCUUGGACAUCUCUGUAGAAGAUCUCGAGUUGACAACCAUUUAUGGCGAGAAAAUCGGGAAUAGCGAGAAGGUGGCAGUGGUAUUCAGCGAGAAAGAAAGACUUCGUCUCCUCAAUCAAGGAAUGAACACAGCAUCCGUCACCCUUUAUACGCUGGUUAAGGCUGUACCUCAGACCAGAUCCUCUGAAGCAAUACCGAAACCAAACCCGUUUCGUACUUAUUUAGAAAAGAUCAUCCAAAAAGAUGUACCUCAGACCAGAUCCUCUGAGGUAGAAAAGAUCACCCUAAAAAAUGUACCUCAGACCAGAUCCUCUCAAGAAACAUCGAAGCCAAAUCCGUUUCUUGAUUUCUUGGAAAAGUUAGAAGCUACAAUAUCGCCAGCAAACAGUGAUCUCAGCCUGUCGGCCAGUGCCAAGAGAUCAGUGGAACGAACCUGCAACUACAGGUCAGAGAAACCAAAGAUGGUUACCGGAAAAGGAGUCGAGACUUUUAAUUUAAUGGCGAAAAAUAACUCCGAAUCCUUGGACGAGGAGGAAGAGGACAUUGACGAAGAUAGCGAGGCUUGCAAUACAAGCACGGAAUCUCGGUGCCCAGAUCGUCGGAAAGUCUGUUGCAACCCAAUCGAGUGUGACGAUCCCGAUACACGGCCGCCUUAUGCGAAAAUCCCGCCGGAGAAUCGCCGGUACGCCGUGAUGAUCGUCAACGAUGACUCCGAGGCCGAUGUUUUUGAGAAUCAGAAUUGCGGGCUGGUGACCCACCAAUGGGCCGUCAUCGGACGGUAUAUGUUGGAUCCCUGCGACUCGGAUUAUAUCAACAAGAUCGUCUCCACUCUCAACGAUAACGAGGAAAUCGACCUAUUCAUCGACGAGGCUAGCCGGGAUUUCAUCCUGGAACAGUGCUUGGAUAAGAACUAA